CUGGUAUUCAAAUGAUUGAUGUGAUAUGUUCAGCUUCAAGUUUUAAAACGUGUUGCAGAGACUUCUGGAGAGUUAUCGAGCAUCAUAGCCUGUUCUUCACUGUUGAAGCUCAAUAAGACAAACUGAGCCGUCACAACAGGUCGACGAUGAUGGGGAUGAAGAGCAGCAGCUUGCCAAGAGCCCUGAUUGUCCUCGUCCUGAGCAGCAGCACAGUGUCCGGACUGGGAUCAGUGGUCUCCACAUAUUACACGUACUACGAAGAUCACCACACCUGGCUUGAAGCCCAAUCCUACUGCAGGCAACACCACAGGGACUUGGCCGUCCUCCUCAAGGAGUCAGAUAAAGACAACAUGGACAUGAACCUAUAUCAUGCUUGGUUUGGGCUGUACAGACCAGAUCCUGAAGUAAAUGAUUGGGUUUGGUCCAGUGGAGACAACGACAAUUUUCCUCCUUGGUCACAAAAUGAGCCAUACCACACUGACAGCUGCGCCUAUGUCUCCUACGACUCCCGGAGGAUUCGUGGACAGGAUUGUGCUACACAUUUCUUUUUCUUUUGCCACGAGAUACAAGAUUUCCUUUGGUAUGAAUUCAUACCUCUGUCAAAGAAUUGGUCAGAAGCUCAGGACUACUGCAGGCAACACUAUACUGAUCUCGCAACCUUUCCAGACUACAUUUACAUCAACGACGUUGGUGCCAAGAACUUUCCUGUUUGGAUCGGACUGCACGAAGAAGAAGAAACGUGGAAAUGGAGCGCGGGCUUUUCAGACUACCGGAGUUGGGACCAAGGGGAGCCGGACAACAGCUCAGGGUGUGUCUCCAUCUCAUCUUUUGAGAAAAAGAUGGCUACUAAGAACUGCAACGACAGCUACCCCUUCAUCUGCUCCAAUGACAACAUUGUGGUGGUGAAAGAGAACAAAACCUGGGAGGAGGCGCUGGAGCACUGUCGAGCCCUCACUUCACCCUCCAACAGCCACGAUGUCUACGAUCUGGUCAGCGUGCAGCCUGGAGACGACCAGGACUACGUGAUGACCAGGGUCAUCGAGGCCGACACUGAGGAGGUGUGGGUCAGCCUGCGUUUCCUGGCCGGUUAUUGGCGCUGGGUGACCGGAGCAGACAUGCUGUACCCCGACCUGCCCGCAUGCCCCCUUGACUGGAAGCACUGUGGAGCCUUAUCCAAGGCCAACAGGACAAGCGUGGAGACCAGAGACUGCGUGGAGAGAAAGAACUUUCUGUGCUACAGAAAGUAAAGAAAGUUUCCAUAAUGAUGUUGUUUUUCCUCAGUUGGUGUUUUCGCUGCCGCAUGAACGUGUGUUUUCCAGUUAGAGACGGAUAUGCCUGAAAUGGGCUGGUGAUCCCUUGAAUUCUGCAUUGUUUCCCUCAGUGUAAGCUGGGAUCAAAGCCUCCUGCUGCAUAAUAAGCGUAAUGACGCAAUUGCUGAAAAUAAAGGCAUGCAUGUUAGAUCAAAAUUUCUGCUGUUUCUUCAGUGUAAUUGAAACAGUGAACAUGAACUGUAUGUGUGAUCCAUGCAGGUUAUAUGGUUUAAUAUAGGUUUAUAGAUGAACAAGAAAGAAAGAUACAAUCAAAAGAGGGACGAACAGAUGAUGGAAAGAGGAAGAAACGUUGCAUUUCUCUAUUAGUCUAUAUUUAGUAGUAAAUAUUUGGAUUUUGAACAAUUUAUUAAUGUCAUACAAUUGGAAACUUUCAGACGUCAAAAAACAGGAAUAAC